AUACGCUAUUCUGUUAAUACCCACUCCAUUUCUCUCUCUCUCUCUCUCUUAGCCGCCGCCGCCAUUGUUCACUCUCUGCCUAGGAGCCUCUCCUUCACUCUCCACCGUUCAGUUUCGUUUCUCAAGUGGAGAAUGGAAUCCCAGGUGAAGCAUGCUGUUGUUGUGAAAGUCAUGGGCCGUACCGGCUCAAGAGGUCAGGUGACUCAAGUGAGAGUCAAGUUUCUUGAUGACCAGAACCGGUUCAUCAUGAGGAAUGUCAAGGGGCCCGUGAGGGAAGGUGACAUUCUCACCUUGCUUGAGUCCGAGAGAGAGGCGAGGAGAUUGCGGUGAUGGGUCUUUCCUGUUGUUGAUUGCAGUCUUAUUUUUUUUCCUCGGUUCUGUUUACUGCAUACAACUUUGUGUUGGUGAAUUUAGGGGGAGGCCAUUGUCAGUCCAUGUCUUCUAGUUUUAUAUCUGGUAUUAUUACCAGGACAAACUUCAGUUUUAUAGACUAUUUAUGUGAGGAAUGAUUAGAGUUUUCCCAUAUGGAAAAGCACUAGACUUUGGAUUUAUCAAUUCUUUUUGCUUGCUUUAGAAUAA